AGGUAUGGAUUGUUCAGCUGGCAUGUGGCGAUAAUCAAACCUUCACCGAGUAUCGACGACGAUGCUCUCGUUUAAGACAAGUCCCGAGGUCACAGCGUUAGAUGGCUAGAUAGAAUAACACCGGAGGAUCCGUUUGGUCGUCCGUCGCUUCAUCUCUGUCAACGAACGACAUGGCCCGCAGAAGAUAUCCUCGCCAAAGCGGGCGGAAGCCUGACGUUGACACUUCGUUCACCGAAGGUCUAGUAUCAAUGAUCUUGAAGACGGUGCUGAAGCCAGACGAAGAGCUGAUGGAGGAAGCAGACAUUGCAAUCAGCAACCUGGAGUAUCUCGGCUCGUUCAACUGGUUGGCAUCCGAAGAACCAACCAUUGCGGUUCCCGGUUGUCCGCCUGUGUGGCGCAGACGUGACGUGCCUUUCUGCAUCCCACCCGACAGCGAGACUCAGGCCCCGCAUCGAGACGGCAACAGGCUACCGUCAAACCCCAUCUUGCCGUGGUUGACAGCAGUAGACAUCAUGACAGAAGAAAACGGGACUCACGUCGACUGGCCUAGCGUCGCCUUCCUCACAGACCGUAACAGCUUGAGAAAGCUGACGCGAUGGCUCCAAGGGGAAACGUUCGAUUUCCGGAUUGAUACGCAACUAAUCGGGAAUCAGACUGUUGUCUUGAAGAACUGGGAAAAGAGAAACUUACGCGUACUUCCUGGGACAUAUGGAAUGAAUUUUGAAAAGGAAUGCACCAUCCCAAGCGAGGGGUUGGAGGAAAGCGUCAGACAUCAUAGAAUUGUGCAAUAUACAUUUGGGGGUCUCAGAAUGGUCGUCUGCUUUCAAGUUUCCGCUUAUGCCGAAUCCCAGAAGGACAACAUCAAUUCUGUCCCGUCGGGAGAGGAUGGUGCAAAAUGUGACGCUGAUGGCACACCAGAACGAGACACGCUCUCCGAAAUGCUAUCACAACUGAGGCUCUCGACCAGCGCUCAGUCAAGUUUCACAGUUGACAGAGAUCCAUCGACUGCUGAGCUAAAGGUGAUCCGUGCGGGAAGGGAGGUUCCACACGAAUCUCUUAUAGAAAUCAAAACGACGGUGAAAGAUUACUUCCAAGUCGCCGACGCGUACCUUCAGUUGUUCUUGUCCCAGACGCCGCACGUGUACGUUGGCCACCAUCGACACGGGACGUUCAACAAGAUUACUGAACGCCAUUUGGACUCGCUGGGGGAGAGCACUCGACGCCGCAUCAAACAACUAAGAUGCGCUCUUCAAGAUAUCCAGACACUUGUAGUGGGUCAAGGGCCGGAUGUGAGGUUGAGUCUGGUGCAGAGCAAGGGAGUGCUGUUGGUUUUCCAGAGACGAAGCGAGGAGGGAUGUUUGCCAGAGAACAUGGUGCGACGCUUCUCAACUUGUAACUGAUAGAAUUUGGUAUCCGGAGAGCAUUGCAAUUUGUGCAUGAUCGUGCGGAAUUUAACCAAGCUAUGAAAUAUUGAG